AUGGAAAACUUGAAUGACGAUAGUUCGAUAUAUACUCCUCAAGUAUCAGAUGAGUUAAGGCCAAAAAAGGGGCAAGAAUUUGACACAAUUGAUGAUGUUGUGACAUUCUACAAUACUUAUGCAAAAACAGCUGGGUUUAGUGUAAGGGCUUGGACUACUCAGAAAGAGCCGGGAAGUGGUGCAAUAAAAAGGAAGGAGUAUGUUUGUUUUAAACAAGGAAAAUCUUCAAGAAUCGCGGAUGUUGAAAAUAAAAGACGUCGAGGAAGCUUAGCAGAGGAUUGUCAUGCCAAAAUUGCAGUUUUAAAAUCAAACUCCGGAAAAUACAUUGUUACUGUUUUUAAUAAGGAGCACAGCCACCCUCUAUCAACGCCAUCGAAGGUUCAUCUUUUAAGGUCCCACCGUAACGUUUCAGCCGCAACAAAGUCUUUAAGUAAACAGUUCUCCAUGGCGAAUAUACCUCAGCAUCAACAAUUUAGUUUUCUUGGAGUACAAUCUGGAGGUAUAGAAAAUAUUGGGUGCACUCAAAGAGAUUUGUAUAAUCAUGAAAGGGAUAUACAUGCUGAUAUGAAGGGGCAUGAUGGUGAAAUGUUUUAUAAUUAUUUAAAAUUGGAACAAGGAAAGAAUUCCUCGUUUACUUUUCAAAUUGAGGCUGAUGAGGAACAAAAGAUUACUCGUUGUUUUUGGUCUGAUGCAACUUUAAGGCGGGCUUACAGUUUUUUCGGUGAUGUUUUUUUGGCAAGUAUGCCUGGUGGUGCCCCGAAGAUGAUUAUUACCGAUCAAGAUCCAGCUAUGACUAAGGCAUUCCCUCUUGUUCUUCCAAAUACUUUUCACAGGUAUUGUAGUUGGCAUAUAUUAAUAAAGUUUUCUGAGAAAAUUGAUGCAGUGAAGUAUAGUAUUUAUAAGAGUGAGUUUUCGGCUUGCAUUUGGAAAUCGGAGACUCAUGAAGAAUUUGAUUUACAAUGGAAAAGUCUGAUUAAGAAGAGUGGGUUAGAAGAAAACAAAUGGUUGCAAGACCAAUAUGAACUUCGGUCAAGAUGGAUUCCAGCAUAUGUUAAUCACGUAUUCUCAGCUGACAUGUCAAGUAGUCAACGAGCAGAAAGUGGACAUGCAUUUUUCAAGAAAUUUGUUUCGAAGAAUAAUUCAUUAGUGGAUUUCAUGAUUCAGUUUGAUAGGGGAGUAGUGCGCCAACGUCACGAGGAGUUGAUGGCCGAUCACAAAGAUGUAAUUGAGAAACCUAAACUUAGAAUAAAUCAUGACUUUUUGGAGCAAAUGGUUGAUAUUUACACGAAUGAGAUGUAUUACAAGUUUGAGGCUGAAGUGUGUGACAGCUUUAACUACAAGUUGCAAUGUGUUAGGGAAACUGACAAUCACUAUGUGUAUCAAAUUCAAAGAAAGAAGCUUGUAGCAAGUAAAGUCCGCGAAAUCGUUUAUGACAAGGACUUGGAUUUGGUUUCUUGUAGUUGUAAAAAGUUCGAAAGCGCCGGAAUCCCAUGUACGCACAUUAUCUCAUAUAUGAUGAAGUUUGAUGCUGAAAUAUUGCCCGAUAAAUACAUCUUAAAGAGGUGGACUAAGUCUGCAAAAUCAGGGACAGUGAUUGAUAAUAAAGGCAUGCAGAUAACCUCUGACAAUUCUUAUCUUUUAUUGCGGAGUCAAUUUAUCCAAUCAUCUUUGGAUUUAGUUGACAAGUCCCUCGUAUGUGAAGAAACAAGGACGAUGUUUACCGAUGGUUUGCGUAGCAUUAAUGAGCAAAUAAGUCAAUUUCUUAGUAGCCAUAUGAUAGGUGAUGGUGAUGUUACUAGUGCGCAUGGUUCUUGCACUUUUCAAAAUAGUUUCAAUGAACCCAAUCAAGUGUGA